AUGCAAAUCACAGAGUCUGUUCUGGCUGGAUCCCGACCUGGCCUCCGCUCCGCCUCCUCCUUAUGCUCCAGAUCCAGUCCGGGUACCAGUCCAGGAUUUAAUCCAAGCUCCAGAGCCAAAGAAGAUAAAGUCCUUGCUGCUGCCGAGCCUGCUGCCUUAGGGCAGGAGCCGUCCCGUGAGAGCGCUGACCAGGGCCCAGACCCCGCUGUGAGACCCGCGUCUUCCAUGAACUCGUACAGAAGAAGCCCUCCGCCGUCAGAACGAGAUCAAUACGAACUGAGACAAGGUAAAGCCGAUAUCCUAAAGAAUGAAAGCGCAGAGACUGCAGGGACGGGAGGGCCGACGCUGGAUUUCCGACCGUGGUCGGAAGAGGACAUUGAUGAAGCAAUGGCUUACGUGACCAGCCCGACUGAAGACUUGGAGAGCUUCACAAAGCAGCUGGAGCAGUUUGCUAAAGAAUACAGGCCCACAAUGACUGAGCUGAGGCGACUGAUGAGCAAAGUGCUCAAACACGACUUUCACAAAGUAUCGGCAUACUUCACUCCAGAUAUACAAGGCUGCAGACUGAAGCACGCCGAGUACAGCAAUGGCGACAAUGCCCAGUACAGACUGGCUAUCACCGGCCUCGUUAUUGCCUGCCAAUCUGCUUUCCCAGUCCAAGUAAAUCUAUCCAACAUCACCACUUUGGCGCAGGGCUCAACAGAAACCUGUAGGGCUUUCCUAGCACGCCUGACUGAAGUCUUUGAUCUCUAUAGCGGUCUAAAACGAGGACAGAUGGGGGUAACUCCGAUGCUCCCUUAUGAAGUGUAUCUGAAAGAAUAUUUUCUGGGCCGGAUAAAGCUAGACAUCGCUGCUGAAGUGAAGAGAAGUUGUAUUUCAUGGAAAACAGAGUCACUUCAAAGGAUACUGGAACACGCUAUACAUGCAGAAGAUCAAUUAGAGGCUAGAGAACAAAGAAAGAAAAUCCGUCAGCAGAAGAAACUGGAGAACGCACUACUGACAACGCAUAGAUCCCUCACAGGCCAAAGACACGAGCCUCAGCGGGGACGAGGUGGACAGCGAGGCCAUUACGAUCCAUGUGUUUGCCACUGCUGUGGGAAAACUGGACAUUGGCGGGUGGAUUGUCCGAAGUGGAAAGGGAGCAUAUUCAAAGGCGGACUAAGAGCGGGGAGAGGAGGCGGGACGGACCAGCCUGUCACACACACACCAAUGGGUGGCACCUGGCUCUCCUCCACACCUGAUCCAAAUCACCUCUGCUCUUGAAAUACUCCCGGUCUCCUGUCACUCAUCUGCAGAUUGUUUUUGCCUC